AUGCCAUUUAAACCGGUGGAGCAUCCAAAAUGUCCGAAAUGCGGUAAAUCAGUGUAUGCUGCGGAGGAAAUGAGCGCCGGUGGUUACAAAUGGCACAAAUUUUGCUUUAAAUGUGCCAUGUGUAACAAAUUACUUGACUCAACAAAUUGCUGUGAACAUCAAGCUGAAUUAUAUUGUAAACAAUGCCACAGUCGAAAAUAUGGUCCUAAAGGGGUUGGCUUUGGUAUAGGUGCCGGUGCAUUAACUAUGGAUACUGGGGAACAUUUCGGAAACACCGAAGUGGAAAUGACGUUAGUCGUUGUUGGUCCAUUUUUUUACUACAAUAAAUUGGUGGUUAGUAUCGUUUUUUGCACGGAUUAUCACAUUACUAUCUUUUCCGUCUUUCUUCUCCUUUGUUAUCAUCGAUUUACAGAAUUGUGCAACAAAUUGUUGGAUUCGACAAAUGUAGCACCACAUGAAGCUGAGCUAUACUGCAAACAGUGCCAUGGUCGAAAGUUUGGCCCAAAAGGUGUUGGAUUUGGUUUGGGUGCUGGUGCUUUGACAAUGGAUGAUGGUUCGAGAUUUGGCAACAAAUAA